AGGCCCAUCGGCCGCUCGUGGUAAUCUGCAGAGAGUAGAUUUUACUUCUUUUUGACGGUAAGUCACUAGUCCCAGAUAUUGAUCUCUGUCCGUCGGGAAUAAAAACUACACUCGUCAACAACAGCCUCACCGAAAAAUUCCCCCACCAUCAAGCAUGGCCUUCCUCCCGGCGCUUUUCUCCUGGUUUCCAGGGUUCCUUUUCUCCUCUGUUUUCUGCUUCCUGCUUUUCCAGUCGACGAACUAUGAGGAAAUCAGGCGGAUCCAAUUCGCACUCCUCCGCCGGCGGAAGAACUUGACGAACAACAUAUUGCAGUGAAAAAUGCCCCCACCCCCAAAGUUGCAGAAAUUUGUGAUGCGAAGUUUCCAAAUGAACUUUUUGUCAUGCAGGAAGGGAGUAUGAAUCUUUCUGAUGCAGAGUCUAGGCGCGUAUCGCAUCGCUUGCAUGACAAGCGCUGCUCUUGCUGGGAUCUUUUGCAAUACAAAUUUUUGCCAUUUACGAUUAGAAAUCUGUGAUGCUGAUAGAUGCAUGCAAGAGGGCGAAUGUUUCAUUUGGUUUUGGAAAGGUUUGCAAUGCAAAUGCUCCCAAGUUCGGGGGUGGGGGUAUUUUUCAUUGUAAUACAACAAAGCCAUCGCCUACACGCGGUCUAACGCGGUCUUGAAUUCCAGUUCCGAGCGACUCAACCACGCAUUUCAGCGGAGCAAGAAAAAACCGAUUAAAUUGCCAAUUUUCUUCCGCAUCGGCACCAUUUUUGACACGGAACUGGAAAAGGAGGAGGAUGAAGGCAGUAGUGUUGGCGUGGACAGCCACAGUGAGGCGAAGACUGCGACAUCGGUUACUAGCAGGCUUGCCGCGUUCUAUUCACACAAUGGCCACACGCGGACGAGAGGCUCCUCCGGCGUGGAUGUAGUUGCCGGAGGCAGUGCUGGCGCACAAGAUGGCUUAGUCCUCGGAGCUGACGCUGCAGCUAUUUCGCCGGAGGAGUAUAUCCUGCGUGAAAGCAGUCGUGGCGAAGACUUCGAUCUGUACAAGCGAAUCAUGCACCAGCAAAGCAGCACAACGGGGCGUCAAAGCUACGGUAUUGAGAAGACUCAUGCCGAUCACGACCAGCUUCCCCCACCUCCCAAUCUCACCCUGACUCGCAAGCGCAUCGGCCUGGCGAUCGCCGUGCACCCGCCGAAGUACCAUUUACUGGCCCGCUUUCUGCAGCAGUACGCGCAAUGUCCGGCCGCUAUGAAGGCGAUGACGGUGCACCUGGUAUUUUCCACAAAAAAAGACUAUCAUUUGUGGAAGCAUAUGAAAGAAAAAAACUGUGUAUAGUGUAAAUUUGUGUUGCAGAACAUGCAACAGAGUUACGUCUGUCAUGAAAGACAGCCAUGAAGUCCUCUUUUCAUGUGUGUUUUCCCUUACAAGCUAUGCAUGACAGGUUUUCUCUGUCAUGUAAAGCAAAUUUGUGAUGCUGUUCCUCAAAGUAGAAAGUUACACUUACACACUUUUUUUCCUGGAUAAAACAGGGUCUGAAAACACUGAAGUACGAAAAAGUGCUGAAAUUGGAGAAAACGAAAGAGUAUCCUGUGCAAACGUAUCGUACUCAUACUGAUUGCAGUCAUGCAUUACAAAUUUCUUUCCCAAGCUAAAUCAGCAUGACAAAUUCCAUUUCUCAUGCUGAUGAAAUUUGUCAUGCAAUCACUACUCGAAGUACAAAACAAUACUGUUGCAAUGCAUAAAGAGAUCAGGACUACACAAAGGGCAGUUCUUUCAUCCCCGCCUGCAGCUUCCACGUCUGCUGCUGCCAGAGCAGGCAACAAGAACAGGAGUGUCUUGUGGAAAACCGUCCCCGAUGUGGAUGAUCUUUUAACGAUCUAUCUAGCUGUCAGGUUUGAAAUCGUCAAAGUUGAAAUGGUUUGUCAUGCAUAAAAUGCAAGGCAUGAAGUGCCUGUCUUGCCGGGAUGGCAAGUGAGGCAGAUUGUGAGCCUUUUUAGGGUUUGGGAUAGAGCUGCUAAAGGAGCAUGACAACAGCACUCUUCUGUGCCCAAAUAGCAUGACAAAUUGGAUUUCGGUGCUCCGAAAAUUUGUCAUGCGCCGCUUGGGAAUUGGUCUUCCAACUGGCAUCCAUUUUAUGCAUGACAAAUUAUUUCAACUUUGUCGAUUUUAAACCUGACGCUUCCAUACGAUCCGAGAGGAAGAUAAAUUUUCCGAGGCCGCAUCGAUUCGAUCGGCCGACGAGGUAGAAAAAGAAGACGAGCCAGGAGGAGGGAACACGCAACAAGGGUCAGGACAAGAAAACGAACAGCACACAGGAACAGCGCAUGGCACGACAGCAGCUUCCAGCGGUGAGAACAAAGAUCCUGCAGGAGUGGGAAAUAGAAAUACACCAAACGACAACUCUGCUGAAAAAAAUAAACCUGAGAGCACCAGCCGCGAAGUAGACAACAGUGCCGGUGCGCUGCCGGUCGACGCAGUAGAACGAGACGCGGCCCAACGUGGGGAGAGCGACGCAAGCAGCGGGAUAAUUACCGGCUCUCGUGGACGACCAAGGAAAAGAAAGAAUCCUUUUGCGAUAAAAGGCUAUUGGCAGGCGGUUAUUGCUAACCCCCCUCUGCACAUUCACCCGCUCCUAUCCAGGGAAAAAAACUGUGUGAGUGUACUAACUUUGUAGGCAGAGCAGCAUCACAAGUUCCUUUUGCAUUUACUGGGAAAACCUGUCAUGCGCAGCUAGUACGCGGAAGCACGUAUAAAAGUGGCGUAUGACGCACAUCCAGCAUGACAAUCGCAACAGUUUUGCACUUUCUGCAUCACAGACUUACGGUUACACAGUUUUUUUCUUGCAUAGCUCCCGGCGGACAUACAGGGCUACAGUGGCUGGAAGAAGUGGUAUGGCAUGAUGCACUUACUUAUCCCGUGCAAAAGUAUCGUACUCGUAUGAAUGCAAAUCCUGCAUUACAAAUCUCCUUAGCAAGGCAAAUCAGCAUGACAAAUUCUAUUUCUCAUGCUGAGGGAAUUUGUAAUGCAUUGAUACGAGUGCGAUACUUUUGCAGUUCAUAUUACUCGACCUUCCCGUAACCGAACGUCCAGACUACGGCGUGAUGCUCGAUGCGGAUUUGAUUCUCAACUUUCAAACCUGCCUCGCAAACAAAAACCGCAUGAGGGGGAGUAGUAGAAGUACUGCAUCACCGGUAGUGCCAGGAGGCUCGGUAAACGAGGAAAGUACAGCUCUCGCACAACAUCAACCGUCGCAUAGUGCUAGGACGUCGAGCAGCAACAAAACUACACGGUCAACAGGCGGGGGCGGCACGACGACGUCCUCUUCCGUGCAUCAUCAACAAGUCGUGCAUGAAAAAAACGAUCCGCACGACAAUGCCUGGGCGUAUUUUUACGAUCGGGUUUACCGGAAUGACCGUUCCAAACGCUUUAUGAAUCGCAAAAGUAUCGCCCUAGUACAAAUCGCAUGACAAAUCCCCUCAGCAUGAAGAACGAAAUUUGUAUAUGCUGUUUCAGCUUAAGAAGGAGAUUUGUAAUGCAUGAUCGCAAUAAUUUUUGGUACGAGUGCGAUACUUUUGCACAGGAUACGCUUUCCCGCGUCCGAGGUGUCCGAUGUCCUGGAGGUUAUCCUCCGCAAAAACGUCCCCACCCCAGAGCUGUCAUGCAAAUCUGCAUGCCUACAAUGUUUCUGAUGCGCAGCCCCAUGAGGAGCUUUUUCUAGUCGUGCUUUGCAAUUUGUUAUGCUCGAAUCACCACUUUAAGCUAGAUCUGUGAUGCUGCUGAACUAGCUAAACAGGAUCACAGUACGACGCCAAACUUGUCAUGCGCAACAACUAAAGCACUGGUAGAUUUGUGUAGCAGAUUUUCCAACUUGACUCUGGGGUGGGGACGUUUUCACUCAGGAUAGAGGUUUACAACUUAUCAUCCACCUCUUCCUGGACCGGGCUCUCUUACGACCGGGCGCUAUUGCGAAGGGUUUUGCCAUAUCAAAUGUAAAAGUGUCUGGGUCUGGAAUAUUGCGAGAUUUGUCAUGCUUGUCUGGCAUGACAAAAAAGUUUGUGAUGCGUGUCCAAGAAGAGACCCUUUUUCCUGUCAUGCAAAAACGCAGUUUCUCAUGCGAAAAACGCAACACAAAGAAGCGCAUAUAUUUCUCAUGCUUGGCUGUGCAUUACAGAGCAUUCACCAUUCCCAACACAGCAUUACAAGUUUCCAGACCCAGACAUUUUUACAUUUGAUAUGCCAGUUGCGGUGAACGCGGCAAACGGGGCGCUGCAGCUAAAUAUCAUGCAAAAUAAGACGGUAGGCCACAACCUCGUCGCGGGUCGUCCAGGGGACCCUCCACAUGAUCCACCAGCGAAAUCCCAGUCGGGCCAAUCCUCAGCGUCUAGGUACUGCAAAAGUAUCGUGCUAGUAUAAAACGCAUGACAAAUUUCCUCAGCAUGACGAACGAAAUUUGUAAUGCAAGUUUAGCUUGACAAAGAAAUUUGUAAUGCAUAAAUGCGAUUGGUACGAGUACGAUACUUUUGCAAUUCAUAGCGUCAAUCCCCCGGCAAUUCUUCCAGUGGAUUCAGAGUCCGAAUGCAAGCCCGAAGGGUGGUAUCACUGGAAAAAAUAUGUGUUACAGUAAUACGCAUUUGUUGUUGGAAUUUCAGCAUUACAAAGUUGCUCUGGUGCAUAGCAAAGAAAACUUGUAAUGCGCAGACUAUAAGGGAAAACACGCAUGAUGAAAUCAGGCAAGGCUGGCAAGCAUUCCCUGCAUGACAGAGGUUGUCUAUCUUGCUGUUCUUGCAUCAGUGAGUCGUGUGUAACUGUAACACUGUUUAUUUCUCGCGAUAGGUGGCGACAAGGUCGUGGUCACGGACGUACCCACGCCAGUACUAUGCAUUGCAAAAGUAUCGUACUAGUAUGAAUUGCAAUACAAAAUUGCUCAGCAUGAGAAAUAAAAUUUGUAAUGCGGAUUUAAAUUGAGAAAGAAAUUUGUAAUGCAUGAAUGGGAUUACUACGAGUGCGAUACUUUUGCACAGGAUAAGUACCGAGUGAAGUGGAAGAAGCAGGAGGAACUUUGCUUUCCAUGCAGCAAUAUCAAACGCAAACAUGUCUGGGUCUGGGAGAUUGCAACUUGUGAUGCUGCAUUUGGAUACUACAAAAAUCUGUAUUGCAUAAACAGCAAAAGAGGUCCAGUUUUUGCCACGACGAGAGAUGCGGUAUAGGCAUCAGAAAGGCCUCACAAAAUCUGUGACGCUUCGGCAUGCAUCACAGACGUCACGAGCCAUGCAGACUGCGCAUGACAAACCUUGCGUCCUUCCCUGCCCAGAUAUUUUUGCAUUUGAUAAGCAAAACUUGGACGCUUUUCUCCAGAAGAACACUGAACAUUUGUCCGACGUGUUUGGCACCCGGACGCUAUUUAUCCUGUGCAAAAGUAUCGUACUCGUGGUAAUUGCAAUCAUGCAUUAGCGUUACAAAUCCUUUUCUUAAGGUAAAUCCGCAUUACAAAUUUUAUCAAAUUUUACUUCUCAUCCUGAGGAAAUUUGCAAUGCAUAUGCAUUUAUACGAGUGCGAUACAACUUUUGCAAUGCAGACUAUUUUCCUGGUGGGCGGAUCUGCCGGUGGUGAAUCUCACCGUGAUUGCGCCCAUGUUUGUGAAAGGUUGGGCGUUCUGGAAAAAUGUGUACAACCCGUACGGCCGAGGUGGUGGCUAUCUUCCAGGAAACCUGCACAAUGGGCAAGAAUCCGCACGCAGUGGUCCUAGCAGAACAGCGUCAGAAGAACAAAGUAGAGCUGCUCCACAGAUGAAUUCGUUCUCGUUUCCAUCCAUGGUCUACAAGGCGAACUCGAUCCUCCCCCUGAAGAACGAGCAAGAUUUCGUCUUUUUGGUGUGCAUUGCAAAUACGUCUGGGUCUGGAUUUGUCAUGCAACUUUUGAAAGACAACGAGCUCUGUAAUGCACGAAUGCGAUGGGCCAGAUUUUUUGUCGUGCUGGAAGCUAGUUUAUCAUGCGAAACACGGUCGAACUCGCAAUACCAAGCGAAAAAUUUGUGAUGCGUGUAUGCCGUACAGAACCUCGCUCUGCCUUGCAAGACUCAGCAUCACAAACUCGCUGCCUCUUUCCAGACCCAGACAUUUUUGCAUUUGAUAUUUGGAGAAAAACAACAAAAAACUGGAGCUCUGUGUUGCGGAAAGGCUGCAAAAGGAACUCGUACUCAAAGAAGAACAACAGGGUGGGGCGUCGAACUAUGAACUGCAAAAGUAUCGUACUCGUAUAGAUGCAUUACAAAUUUCCUCAGCAUGAGGAAUGAAAUCUGUCAUGUGGAUUUCCCUCGAGAAAAAGAUUUGUAAUGCAUGAUUAGAGUACGAGUGCGAUACUUUUGCACAGGAUACGAACAAAAAAGCGUCAACUAGUACUGUCUUGGCGCCCGAGGUCGCGAACAUGCUGAAAGCUUCUACAGGCGCGACGGGAGCAGCUGCUUUCGUCUCUAAGCAACAGCUGCGCAAGGAGUGCGUGGCGCUGCUGACGGCGCAGGAGGAAGAAAAAAACGCCGGAGUUGUUCAUCUUGUGCCUCGCCCGGCGGGGCGGUUUAGUCAUAGUCGGCACAAGACAAUAUUACACGACACGGGGGACCUGGACCUCGCUGGAAAACAAGCCGCAUCGCACCUCCACAAGGGAAGCAAGGAAAGAAGUAGUAGUAGUGUUGCGGGUGCGACGAACAACGAGCUCCCCAUUCUUCCGCCACCUGCGACAAACACCUAUUCAUUCCGUUCCCUCGCAUAUAACAGUGCACAACUCCCCCUCCCCCUCAUUUGUUUAGCAUGAACGGCAAUACAAGCAUCAGCAAGAAUGCCGGUUUUGCAUGACAAAUUUGCACUGGGGUAUAGUGCUAUUUGGGCUACCAAAACUUGUCAUGCGAACAGUGCUAAGAGGCAAAGGGGAAAUUGGGUAUUUUGCAUGACAAAUGAGGGGGAGGGGGAGUUGUGCACUGUCAUAUCGCACGGAAUUUGGAACACACCAACUUUGAGAUGAUCACCUAUCACGCCUUCGCAAUGUUGGUGGCCGGCUACCGCAUUCGGGAUUAUGCAGUAGAAAUUUCCAUUUAUUUUUCCUGUACUACACGACGGCGCACAUCAAAAUGCAUCGUAAAUUAUUUUAUCAACUUCUGUUGGAGCAGCAUGCUACUUGUCAUGCUGAAUGAGAUUGAAGAAAAUUUUGUCAUGCAGAAACCUCCGCACUUGUGUGUUAUAUUAUGGGAAAAAUAGUUUGCUGUGGAUAAGGAUGUGACCAACAUUACGGGCCGGGCGCAGUGGGGCAGCUACCUCGAGUCGCCCCAACUCAUCGCGGGUGACAGCGAAACGGUGGAGCCGCUAAUCUCUCCCCCAAAAGACAAAACCAGCACGAUACGACGAAAGACCCGCGGGGCGCGGGCCGCUAAGGAGGGGCAGACCACGGGAAGGGGACACAAAAUCACGGUAAAAGACGUGGUGCCGAACCUAGACGUGAGUACGGAUCCAAAUACGGGCGUGCGCAACAACCCCAACGCCACUGUUUUGUUUGAGAACCGAACCUAUCCACUGCAAAAGUAAGUAUCGUACUCGCAUGAUAACUUGCAGUCAUGCAUGACAAGUCUGCUUUCGUUCCGACCUGAAUCUGCAUGACAAGUUGCAGUUUUUUUUUUGAGAAUUUUUUUUGUCAUGCGAUUUUUCAGAGUAGUGCGAUUUAAUACUUUUGCAAUGCAUAGACCGUACUCGCUGCAAAACGGUGGGCUGCUGACACUCCUGAACCCGCUGUGGGCGAGUGACGAGGCGGUAAGGCUUAGUGAGCAGAUAUCUUUGGUAAAAACGUCCCCACCGCAGAGUUGUCAUGCAGAUGUGCAAUGACAGGAACAGUUGUAAUGCGCAGCUGCACGAGAGGCAUUUCGAGUCGAGUUUUUGCAUUUAUUCUGUAAUAAACUACAGGAUGAGAAAAUGGCUUUCUCAUGCGGCUUCCCUUGCCAACCAACACUACACUGCAGAGGGAAACUUGUCAUGCACAGCUCCCAACACUAUGGAGAUUUGUGUUGCUAAAUUCCCAACUUGACUCGUAAAGAAAAGCACUUCGUAAAGAAAAGCACUUCGUAAAGAAAGCACUUCGUAAAGAAAAACAUCUUGAAAAUGAAAAGCACUUCGUAAAGAAAAGCACUUCGUAAAACAAAACGUAGUCAUGUAAAGCGACGCGGCAGAUACUUCAACACACUAGCAGUGUGCGGGGGGGGCCAAUGUGGUCCCCCCCACGCGCUGCGCCUAUGAAUAAAACACGCCAGGGAAUUUUCUUUUUUUUCCAGCAGAGGCUGGCUGUGGGACUUGGGGCAAUGCCGGGGAUUAGAAAUGCAAAUAUGAUGGCAGUGGUGCGUUUCUACUCUUAAGUAUCCUGCUUCAAACAUUUUUUAUUUUUUUUUGGCCUUUUGUCACGCUCUUUGUCAUUGUCUUUGGAUUAGUAUCGCGUCACUUCAUUGCACAAGUAUUUAGAAAACAUCAUGGAAAAUGGCACACGGAGUCGGAAACAUUGAAAACGACGCCGAGCUCGACGGAACCGCAUGAAGGGCGGCGGGGGGUUGGAAGAUCUGCACGCGUUGUCGGGGCCACAGAACGAGGAAGCCCAGGCCGCGGGGCAUACGCACGCGGGGGAGGAGGGAGAAAACGGAGGCGAAACGAGAACAAGGGGCUCAGUACGAAAACGGAUCGAGAACCAACAUGCUGGAGCAGGGGACAAGAGCGGAAAAGUAAGAAAUCGGGAAAAAAAAGCCGUAUACCCGCGCAAUUCCUUACAUGUGAAUAACAUGGUGGGCGGGAGGGGUUCUUCACAUUUUUGGAAACGCCCACCGCCCCGACUAGAAUAACUGAAUGAUGAAAAAAUUGGGGGCAGGGCAAAAAAAAAAAAAAUUCCCAACUUGACUAUGGGGCGUGACCGUUUUUGCAUAGGAUAGCAGAAGAAAAUCCCGGCUUUCUCGACGGAAGCGAGGCGAUAUGACAGUGCAUACUCCCCGUUCCCCUCAUUGGUAUGUAUGCAUAAACAGCAUAUACAAACACGAACACCAGCACUUGUGGAGCCUGUGCAUGACAGGUUUUAUAUACGCCGAGUGUUUACUGUUUGGGCAGCUACUUUCGGAAUUUGUGAUACAGAAUAGUGACACAAGAUGAGAACAACAGCUGGAAUUCCGAUUUCGCAUGACAAAUGAGGGGGAAGAGGAGGGGUUGUGCACUCUCACAGGCGUACGCCGUUGUUUGUUUUCCACGUGGAUCACGAUAGCGGAAGAUGGGGCUUUAUCCUGAGCAAAAACGGGACCCGCAUCACCCCAUAGUCAUCAAGAUGGGAAAUCUGCUAGACAAAUCAGCCAGCUUUGGUUGUUGCGCAUGACAAGUCUGCUGAAUCCUCGUAGUGUAAAGUCUUCGACUUAGCUUGUUCAGCAGCAUCACAGGUCUAGCCUAUUAUGCGGAUUGGAGCAUUACAAAUUCCGAUGAAUCACGACUAAAAAAAGCCUGUUUUUAUCGGGCUCCGCAUGAGAAACCUUUUGCGCACUUCUGUUUGGCAUGACAACUAUGGGCUCGUGGGAAGGUUUUUGCAUAGGAUAAGUUUGGCCCGGGUGGACGAGUGGACCGCAUUUUUGGAGCAAGCGGGCCGGAAGAAUAUCCUGUGCAAAAGUAUCGUACUCGUAUACGUAUUGCAAUCAUGCAUUACAAAUCUUUUCCUUGAGGUAAAUACGCAUUACAAAUUUUCUUUCUCAUGCUGAGGGACGAAUUUGUCAUGCGUUUAUACGAGUACGAUACUUUUGCAGUUCAUAAAGAAGCGGUGAUGAUGUUGAAACGUUAGUAUACAUAGCAUGACAAUAAA